CACUGUGCUGCGAAAGAUGAUCUCCCCUCUCACUUUACAUUAUGAUGUUGUAGCGCUUCGUCCGCGGAGCUGAUUUGGUUUUCCGUUGCAGUUUGCAGUCUGUGGAAAUAACAGCAGGCCGCUUCUGAGCACUCAUCAUAAUGCAUCCAAUGCCUGUGUGCUCCGUUAGCGGUGGAGACAUAUUUGACUGUAUACAGAGAGGAAAUGUUGAACAGUGUGUACACUUCGUUCAAAAUGAUCGAUCAGUCCUCAAACAAAAAGGCUGGGGUGGUUUCACCCCGCUCCACUACGCUGCUCUCCAUGGUAACCGUGUCUUGGUCGACCUUUUCCUCAGUAAUGGGGCUGACCCUAACCUGACAUGUGAUGCAGGACAGACAGCCUUUCAUUUUGCCUGCAGGCAAGGGAACAUCUAUAUCAUACACCAAAUGAUGCAGUAUGGAGCUGAUUUACGCCUCAUAGACUUGCAGGGGAAAACAUCGCUGCAUCAUGCAGUCACUGGGGGCAACAUUGUUGCAGUGCACUAUUUGUGGGAAACAGGGAUGUUCCGGUUCUCAGACACAGACAUGUACCAGGUGACUCCCCUACACCUGGCUGCAUCCACAGGCAACACAGAGAUGAUCCGAUAUUUGCUCAGAGACCAGAGAUGCUCCGUGGAUGCAGUUGACCAGCAGGGAGCGACAGCGCUUCACGUUGCAGCAGAGAGGGGUGGAGUGGAGGUGUGCUGGACACUGCUGCAGAGUACAGGAUGCAGGAUGCUCCAUCAGAAGAGCCACAGCGGCCUCACACCACUGGAUCUCAGCAAACAGGGGAAAACAUUUAGAAAUCAGCAACUCACCAAACUACUGAGUCAACAUAUUAAUGAGCCAUUACACCACAAGCCCAGAGAGUCUCGUGUUUUAUACUACUGGACAUUGUUUUUUCCAACUCUGAGUGGAGCUGCCAUCCUGCUAAUAGCAGCCAUGUUGGGAGGCUAUGGGGGCCUAGUCUGCGGCUUACUCUUCCCCUGGCUGGCCAGGAGCAUCUUCACACAGUACCACCGCAUGACCACAUACCAAAGGUUACCCAACCCGAUCUACUUGGGAACCCUCAUAGCUGGCUUGUUCCAUUCCCUCCUCUGCUUCUAUGGAAAAAUAAUGCCUAGUGUGUGGCCAAACAGUUCUCUGGUCCAGGUAUCAAUGGUCCACGUCUCUCUAGUCCUGGGUUUAUUCUGUAGGGUUCUGACACAGGACCCUGGGACUCUGGAUAGAGCGGAUGCAGAUCCUCGAUUCUCCUGUAUCGCUGACCUGGUGGAGAACAACCAGAGCCCUCACAGGUUCUGUCCAUACUGUGAGUUGUUUCAGCCUGACUACACUAAACACUGCAAGCUGUGUGAGGUGUGCAUUAAAGACUAUGACCAUCACUGCCUUUUCCUCAACCGGUGCGUCGGCCGGGGUAACCACCGCCUCUUCCUCUUCUUCAUCCUCUCCAUGGUGAUUGGCCACCUUCUUCUUGUUGCCACAGCAACAAGUUACCUGUACAACAAGAUGCCCGCAGGCAAUCACAGCUUGUCGUCGUGGCUCUCAUUGUUAGGGGAGGAGUUUUGGGUUGUGGUCAUGAUGGUUAUGAAUGCACUGACACUUUUGUGGGAGGUGUGGCUACUGGCCGAGCAAUUCGAUGCCAUCGCCACGGGAACGACGACCUACUUCAGGCAGCGUGAAAGCUCACUACGACAGAGGUCACUAGGACAGCGCUGGGUUAUAGUGCUGUCGUAUCUGCUGGAGGGUCGAAGACGGGUGGGCAGCGGACAAACAAGAGAGGGCAAAACUGCCAUAGACAUUUAAAAUUAGAGGUUUUUCCUGUAAGCAGCUGUUUUGUCAUUGCUCACUUACAAAUAUACAUUCUCAGUUUACAGAGUCUUUCUUGUGCACUUAACUUUGUGAUAAUGUCCUCUUUGGAUUCAGUAACUCUCUAAUGCCACAGAACAUGUUGUACUUGAAUGUAAAUUCUAAUCAUAUCUUCAUAUUCUAUUUUAAUAUGCAGUAGAUUAUACAGUAGAUUCAUCAGCAGAUUUGUAGCAAGCAGGACCACUAAGAGUUUAGUCAUUUACCUAGUUUUUAGAGACCUAACUGAACACUUUUAAGAUAACAGUGUUUUUGAUUAACUUGUUGGUUAACAUUGUUCUCUGUGAAGUAGUGGAUAUUUCCAAAACUGUGUUUUAACAGGGAAAUUCUCUGGUAAGCUCACAUUCACAACAGUGUUUCCUAUUCCACAUCAUCAUACUUUUUUAACAUCAUUAUUGUUGCUUUGAAUAAAAAUUUAAAGCAUACUGUAGAUCAAGGUCGUGAAAAUCUAUGUACUCAAAGCAUUAGCAAGUUCUGUGAUAAGCUAGUGAUAAUGGUAAUAGCAGGUGCAGUGAAAGACUUUGUUCCUAACAUAAUGUCAUUACCUUGCUGACCUGCUCCCAGUCAUUUGUGCCACGACACUUCCUCUGCUCCCGCUAAUGGGACAUGCUCUUUUCUUGCCUUCAAUUAUACACACUCAUUUCCUAUGUGUCCCUCAGGACCAUAUUUCUAGAUUAUAGAUGAUGUUCCCCACACCCCUCAGAGGCUGGUGUGUCUGGACAAUGUGAGCGAAUAUGUCAUGUGAUACAAUUUAGUGUCUUCUGUUCCGCCCGUUAUGCAUAUGGAGUGGUUAAGAUGAGUGCAUGUAAGCCUGUGAAAGUGAGUGCUUUUACUGUAAGUCUCCAUCCCUGAAUCAGUGUUAUUGUAUUCAACUGACUGCCACUUGUCAAUAACCCAGUAAAUUUUCUAUGUACUGAAUCAUUUUAUCUGUGUGAUUUAGUCUAUUUUUGGUUUCCAAGAUGAUACCUCAUUUGUGCCAUGAUGUGAUUUUUAUGCUGUAGGAAAAAUAUGUUCUGAAAUCUGUCUUUUAUAAAAUAAAUAAAUAAAUAA